UUCUGGCAAUGCAAUGCAAAAGCUAUUGGUUCAGGUUCUGAAGGUGCUGACAGCUCUUUGCAGGAGCAAUAUAACAAGGACCUUACCCUUAAAGAAGCUGAAGCUAUAGCACUCUCUAUUCUUAAGCAAGUGAUGGAAGAAAAGGUGACUCCAAAUAAUGUUGACAUUGCAAGGGUAUCUCCAACUUACCAUCUCUACUCACCUUCUGAGGUGGAAGAUGUUAUCAGCCGCCUAUAAGAAAGCUCUACUUAUUCUCAUCACCAACUUUUUCUUAUAACGACGCUGCUUUGUAGUCUUGCUAGAUUUCCUGGAAUAUAUUUUUCUUCGCAAGGUUGAAAUGAUGGAGAUCGUGGCUUAAGAUUUGAUUUAAGACAUAAGGUCCAGCCUGUGUUCUGUUGUUCCUGGAUGAAGUACUAUUUGCUACGUGUCCUGCAGGAUGUACUUGCCAGUUAAUUUGGUAUUGAAACUUGUUUGGAGAUUUGAAAUCCUUGAUCUCUUAUGAUACCACAUAAUUCUUGUCAUA